AUGCUGGAUCAUGUGGACAAGGCCUUUGCCACAGAUAGCAGGGGCAAAACUACGAAGGACGAGUAUCAUGGUAGGCCCCUCACAUCGCACAGCAUCGAGUUCGAGAUGGAUGAAACCUCCAGACCUUUCUUCGAGAUGAUCGCGCGUUGCUGGGGUUUAAACUUAGAGGAGCCCUUCGAGAAGUUCAUGGUCUCCGACAUUUGGGGAGCUGGACAGUCUGCUCAUGUGGAUCACAUAAACCUGGAUGAUCUGGAUGGCCGAAACUGGAGUUUCCUGGACAUGGCCCUCCAAAGCUCCGAAACCCGAAACUGCCGGAAGGUGGUGCCCACCGUGACGGUCGUGGUCUACUUCAACUCCGUCGGAGGAAUUUGCUUUCCCAAUGCCCCCGAGGAGGUGGGUACCAUUGCGGCCGAGCGCGGUCGGGUGGUGAUGUUCGAGAACUACCUGAAGGACUGCCAGAGGCCGUCGCACAAUCCUGCGGCCGCGCACUACGGCCUCUAUUUCCAGGACAAGCCGAAACGGAUUCUUGUCAUGGGCAUCCUCGCAAAUCAGACGCCUGAGUUCUCUCCUCGGUCACAGCCGAAGGCUCUGACGAGGAGUUUGCUCUACUGCGCUGGCACGGAAGCUGACCCUCUCCGCCACGAGAAUCCUUCCUACGAGGCCUCCCUUCAGUCCUUGAUAUGCAUGUUCUUUUCGUUUUCUGUUGUUUGGGGAGUAGGUCUAACAUAG